AACGACAAAGAAUCUAUCGAGGCUGAAGAGGAGUUAAUGUUUAAGGCUCUGGUGAACGCUUCCGGAAAACUGGUUCUCGUGCAUAAAUUAUUGCCAAAGCUUCGUUCUGAUGGCCACAAGGUUCUCAUUUUUUCUCAGAUGAUUCGUGUUCUCGACAUUCUUGAGGACUACCUUGUCCAUCAGAGCUUCCCAUUCGAGCGAAUCGACGGGCGCAUUCAUGGCCUUCUGCGACAAGAGGCUAUUGAUCGAUUCUGCAAUCGCUAUGUGAUGAAUUUACCUUCCUAUUUUCCUCCCUUAUUUGUUUCCAAACUUGAAUGUGCUGAUUCAUUCUUUGUAUCGACAGAGGAAGAUAAAUUUGUCUUCCUCUUAUGUACUAAGGCUGGAGGAUUGGGAAUUAAUCUUACGGCUGCUGAUGUCGUCAUUAUCUACGACUCCGACUGGAACCCUCAAAAUGACCUUCAGGCCCAGGCGAGAUGUCAUCGAAUUGGUCAGCAGAAAAUGGUCAAAGUGUAUCGGCUUAUAACGCGCAAUACCUAUGAGCGAGAGAUGUUCGACCGGGCUUCCCUCAAACUUGGAUUAGAUAAGGCUGUUUUGCAGUCAAUGGGGAGCGCAGAAGCCAGACAGGUAUUCGUAUGCAUUGAAUGA